UGUUCUCGUUGAUUUACGACGACGACGCGCGUUUUCUUCUGUACCUAUAAGUACCUACUAAGUAGUGUAUAACCUACGUACUCGUAUUCUACGUAAACCUAUACGUACGUGGUCGACGAACAGUAUUUAUCCGUCAACAGCCGGCAGUAGCGUACCAUUUUCAUCAUCUUUGUGGGAAAAGCGGUGUUUUUCCUGUGCGCCGAAUUCUGUGUUGCGGUGUCGGUGUUGGUGUGCCUUCAUUUCAUUACACCGGUAAUCGUUAAAUGGGUAAUACUCGUAUAACGUAACCGUGUUUAAUCUAAAAGUCGCGUGGACUCGGCGUUGGAACGUGUCGCGGUAAUAUUUUCGUAUUAUUUGAUGAAUAAUUAGCCUUCCAUCGUUUCGUAUCGUUUCGUUUCCCUACCUAGACCUACCUACUCGUAUAUACGUUUCGAUGUUUAUUGUUGUUAUUCGAUAUCGCCCCGUUAAAUUUCGAUUCGCUACUGUAUUCGAUAGUACUAUUACCGACACCGACACUGUUUGCGAAUAAUAUUGAUUCUCGAAUGUGUUGGAAAAUUUCUCUUUCCAUUGAGCUAUGGUAAUUAGUCAGCAUAACGGGUUAAUGUGUUCGAAUUUUAUCCGAAUACGACGACCUAAGGUUAUUUUUAACCAUGUUUGGGUUAGCUGUGGAUGUAAAACGAUGGCUGAGGGACUUGAAUGACAUAAGAGCUCUGAAAGAUUUAGAAGAAAAACGAAGCCAUUUAUCGAUGGGUGGCCGAACUGGACCGAAUUCUAUCAAAGAUGACCAAGAUUUUCCUUUCAAUAUCGACGAACAUGACUUCGUUCCGCAUUUUCAACGCGUUUCCAUUAGCGGAGAGGAUAACUUGAGCCAAUCAUUGGCUGAUGACCUUCAUCGUGCAGCUACAUUCAUUGUGGAAGCCUUAAGUAUACGAGAACGUUAUAUGAAAAUAUCACAACAAUCAUUCCCAUCGACUACUUCCAGAUUUCUGCAUUCCGUCGAAGAAGGAUAUACUCAUAACAAUAUCGUACACGAAGAUAAAAAGACUAUCGAAGAUCACCCUAUUCACGUACCUUUAUCGGAUAAAAACCCUUGGCAUGCUGAUUUUUAUGAAUCCAAGGGAUACGUCAUCAAGUCGAACAAAGGUGUAUUUCAAGUAUACGAGAAUGAGGAAGCAGCCCGUAACGACACUCCAAAGGAUUACUUUUAUCCAUUAUUAGAGACUUAUAUAAGUGAUUUGAAUAGAAUAUGUACCAUGAUGGCGGAUGGACCACUGAAAUCGUUUUGCUUCCGAAGGUUAUGUUACUUGUCUUCGAAAUAUCAAUUACACGUUUUAUUAAACGAAGUUCAAGAAUUAGCUGCGCAGAAAGCUGUUCCUCAUAGAGAUUUUUAUAAUAUUAGAAAGGUGGAUACCCAUAUUCACGCAGCCUCGUGUAUGAAUCAAAAACAUUUGUUACGAUUUAUUAAAAAGACGAUCCGAGAAAAAGAGAAUGAGAUAGUUACUCGACAUCGAAAUGGGGAAACAAUGACUCUUAACGAUGUCUUCAAAUCAAUGAAUUUAACCGCUUAUGAUUUGACUGUUGAUAUGUUGGAUGUGCAUGCGGAUAGGAAUACUUUUCAUAGAUUUGACAAAUUCAACGCGAAAUAUAAUCCAAUUGGUGAAAGUAGAUUAAGAGAAGUGUUCUUAAAAACGGAUAAUUACAUUCAAGGCAAAUACAUCGCCCACAUUAUCAACGAGGUUGCUUCCGAUUUAGAAGAGAGUAAAUAUCAAAAUGCCGAACUUAGAUUGUCUAUUUAUGGAAAAACGAUGGACGAAUGGGAUAAAUUGGCCAAAUGGGCAGUCACGCAUAAUGUUUACUCUCCCAAUGUUCGUUGGCUUGUUCAAAUACCCAGAUUAUACGACGUUUACAAACUGAAUAAAAUACUAGGCGAUUUCCAAGAAUUUCUCAGUAAUGUGUUUUUACCAUUGUUUGAAGUAACCAAUGAUCCGAGUAGUCAUCCGGAAUUGCACAAGUUUUUGAAAUAUGUUAUUGGAUUCGAUUCGGUGGACGAUGAAAGUAAAUCGGAAAAUCCUCUUUUGGACCGCGAUGUUUCAAUACCUAGCGAAUGGAACGAUGAAGAAAACCCUCCGUAUUCGUAUUAUCAAUAUUAUACGUUUGCCAAUUUGACUGUACUUAAUCAUCUCCGAAGAGAACUAGGUUUGAAUACAUUCGUGUUUCGUCCUCAUUGUGGAGAAGCAGGCCCGUAUCAACAUUUGGUGUGCGGAUUUAUGCUCGCUGAAAACAUAUCCCAUGGAUUACUAUUAAGAAAAGUUCCGGCGUUGCAGUAUUUGUAUUAUUUGGCGCAAAUUGGCAUUGCCAUGUCUCCGUUGAGUAACAAUUCUCUAUUUUUGAACUACUAUAGAAAUCCAUUACCAGAAUAUUUAGCUAGGGGCUUAGUCGUUUCUAUCUCUACGGAUGAUCCGUUACAGUUUCAUUUUACAAAAGAACCGUUAAUGGAAGAAUAUAGUAUUGCGGCACAAGUAUGGAAACUCAGCUCGUGUGAUAUGUGCGAAUUAGCCCGACAUAGUGUCAUGAUGAGUGGAUUCCCUCACGAAUCUAAGCAGCAUUGGUUGGGACCAAAUUAUACUAAAGAAGGAGUAGCUGGCAAUGAUAUUACUAGAACCAAUGUUCCAGAUAUUAGAGUUGCUUUCCGAUAUGAAACACUCAUCGAAGAACUCUCAAAUAUUUUCAAAGCUGCAGAUGGAAUUGAGAAAGAUUCAGUUUUAAAAUUUUAGAUUCCUGAGUAGUAUCGUGUUUUAAAUAUAGGGUCAUUGAUAAUUAUUACUUUUUUACGUUCUUUUUGAAUAAAACAUCUUAGAAUGUUUUGUACCUUCAUAACGAAAAUGUGAUUGUUUUAUUACCUUUAGUAAUCAUUGAUAUUAUUCAAUAAAAAUAUGUAUUUGCUUUUAA